AUGGCGCAGCCGUUCCGUCAGCGUGACCAACUGCAGCAGCUGCAGGAGGAAGCGCAGCAGCAGCAGCAGCAGCAGAUGGCGCAGCAGCAGCUAGGAGAAUGGCUUAGCAGCAAGAAUCCAACAUUGGAUAGCUUAGGGGAUAUUCUAGUAAAAGGGCAGGAGCAGCAACUGCAGCAGCAACUGCAGCAGCAACUGCAGCAGCAACUGCAGCAGCACCAGCAGCAGCAGCUGCAACAAGGGCAGACUGGAGGUCCAAUGUUGGGUGAUCUGCUGCAGCAGCAGCAGCAGCAGCAGCAUCAACUACCAGAGCAGACGGGAGAUCCAAUGCUGCAUGCGCUGCUGCAGCAGCAACAGCAACAGCAGCAACAGCAGCAGCUGCAGCAAGAGCAGCAGCAGCAGCAUAUGGGUUCUAUGGACCCUCUAGACCCCCUAAGAACGCCGUUUUCUUCCGAUUCUCUCCUGCAGCAACAGCAGCAGCAAUUGCAGCAGCAGGACCAGCAGCAGCAGCAGCAGCAGCAGCAGCAUUUAUUCGAUUUAAGGCAGCUAAACCCUAAAAAAAAUCAGCCGCAAGGGACACGAGCUGUGCUGCUGGAUAGUCUUAGUGCUAGUGUGCUGCAGAUGCCUAAGGAGCCGCCGCUGCUGGCGCAGCAGCAGCAGCUGCUGCUGCAGAAGCUGCAGCAGCAGCAGGAGCAGCAGGAUCAUCAGCAGUACCAUCAGCAGCAGCAGCAGAAGAUGCAUGGUGAUGCCGCUGCUGAUGCUGUUGCUGCUGCUGCAGCACCACCAUCAGCAGGUGCAUCUGCAGCAGCAGCAGCAGAAGCAGCAGCAGCAGCAGCACAAGGAGAAGAAAUAGAUGUACCUACUAGUGGUUAUAUUGAUGGUGUAUAUUAUACAGAAGAACAAUUAGAUUUGCUGCUGCAGCAAAAGGAUGCAGAAAUGAGGCAGCAGCAGCAGCAAAUGCAGCAGCAGCUGCUGCUGCGCAUGCAGCACGAAUCGCAGCAGCAGAUGGAGAGAUGUGCACGGGUUAAGAUAGAAGAUGUAGACAAUUUGUCGCCAGAGGAUCUAAGGGAGUGUUUAGUGUAUAGAGGCCUCCGCUGCGAAGGAGACUUAGAAGUACAGAGGACGCGGUUAAAGAUAUCGCUACGUGAUGGCAUAGGCCCACUAGAGCCAGAGCCUGAGGCAGAAGAGCGUUUUAUUUCUGCUGUAAAGGAGAUAGAACAACCCCUACAAAACCCUGGGGAUCCUGCGGCUGUUAUGCGCCGUUUGUUGGCAAGAGCGGAGGUGGCAAGGGCUGUAUCUGAUCCUGGAGGAGUAUUUAAAUUUGAUCAACAGAAACCAUCAACUCGUCAUUUAUCUCCUGAUGAUUUAGCAGCAAUAGAUAAGGAGAGGGUAGGGGACCCGCUGCUGCAGGUGUCUCCUGCUUCUGCUGCUGCUGAUGGUGCUGCUGCUGCUGAUGGUGCUGCAGCUGCUGCUGAUGAGGACGAAGAGGACAAGGACGAGGAAGAAGAAGAAGAGGAAGAAGGAGACACAGCAGCAAAGGGAACAGCAAGACACCCCAAUGCAACAGCAGCAGCAGCAGCAGCAGCAAACACAGCAGCAGCAGACACAGCAGCAGCAGCAGCAGCAGCGAGACCUACAUCAUCAGACACACCACGAGCAUCAGAAAAAAUAGCAGCAGCAGCAACAGGAGCAGCAGCAGCAGGAGAAGCAGCAGCAGAACCAAUAAGAAUAGCAGUAGCAGGAGAAGAAGGAGAAGAAGAAGAAGAAGAAGAAGGAGAAGAAGAAGAAGAAGAAGGAGAAGAAGAAUUAAGUAAUUUAAUAAAAAAAAAGAUGGGGAAUAUUUUCUUUACUGCUGAUGAGCUGCAGCAAAUGCAGCAACUGCAGCAGCAGGGGCAGCAGCAGCAAAUGCUGCAGCAAAUAAUUAGUAAAGAAAUUGAACAUAAUUAUCCUAGUAAAGAGGAUCUAUUAGGGGAGUCGAUCCCUAAAGUGUUUGAUCUUCGUGUUGAUGGAGAAGUACCAAUAGAAGAAACCGUCACCAGAGGAGACCCAUAUGAGGCAAGGGUUUAG